AUGUCCGCCGAAGCGACCGCGGUCAUGGUGGACCGCCAAAGCGUCUGCCUGCCGCAUUAUGGCACCCAGGACGUACUGCAGCAUGGAGACCCGCGCUUCGCCGAUGUGCUCAAUCGCUACUAUCCCGUCGCCGAGAGCGAGGCACUCGAGGCCGUUGUGCGCCUCAAGGCCAAACUCCCCUCCCUCUCCGCCGACGACUUCUUCCCCACCGUCACCGAAGACCUCUCCCGUAUUCUCCGCGCCGAAAUGGCUUUUGUUGCCAAGCGUGUCCUCGUCGACGAACACGAGGCCGCCGUCGAGAUGCCUCCCAUCGGCGAGCCUGGUGCCUGCUUGAUGGCCUCCGCCCUCCACUUCUGCUCCGAAGACGGCUCCAAGACCACCCUCCGCGACUUCCGCUAUGCUGGCCAUGGCUGCCCUUGCGCCUACAUGCGCCACGACAAGGUCUUUGUUGUGCCCGAGAAGCUCGGCGACUUCUUCACCAACAACCCCAACAAACUCCCCUUUCCCGCCGCCGCCUACAUUGCCGUCCCUCUUUUCGCCGAGGGCAAGUGCUUUGCCCACUUCGGAGUCAUGUGGUCCGAGGAGGGCGCGGCGAAACGAGUCUUGUCCUGGGGCUUCAUCGAAAUGCUACUGCACUCCCUGGAGGACCUUAUGCAGCAAAGGCUCGUGCAAGGUGCCAACUUCCUCAAGCCCACGCCGCUACCUGAGACGAGCCAGGUUAUCCCACACGCCGCCGUUACUCUCGCCCAGUCCCUCCGUCCAUAUGCCGGUAGUCUGUCACAUGAGCUGAGGACACCGAUGCAAGGUAUUGUCGGCAUGCUUGACGUCAUGUACGCCACGGUCGAGGAGGCGGUGAGCGGUCACAUUGACCCCCGCCUCCGCAGGGUCUUUGAGGAGUUGAAAGAGAAUAUUCAGGUGGUGCAAGACAGCUCAAGAAGGGCGGUCGAGGCUGCCGAUAAUGUCGUCCAUGCGUAUGACAUGGAUAUGAGUGUGCCCGAAUCGUCCGGGCUCCCCUUUUUAGACGAUCUUGAUUCUGCGUCACCAUUUUCCACGCAGAUUUCGGCCGAUCGACGACCGGAAAUCUUUGUUUCUGGUAGCAAUCUUCCCCUCUCUCGCAAGCGCAGGAGAGACGAGGCAUCUUCGAGACACAACAGCAAUGCGAGCAGCAAGGUUCAGAAACUCGAGGCGGCUGCUGCGGCUUGGUCGUCGAACCCUCGCGAGCCAAGCCAGGAGAUCAAGGAUGGCUUGCAAGAAGCCGGUGAUGUGCAUUCUUAUGCGCAACCCGGCGCUACGCCUACCAACGAAGACGCGGAGUUGGCAGCCCACUCCCUUACCCCAAUUUAUCGACACGUUGCUCCUGGUCUAAGACAUACCAACAUCAGAGAGGUGUUUCGGUAUGUGAUCAACGAGGGGUUGAAGAUGGGCGGGAGACCGGACUCGGCAUUGGCACAGGAAACCACGUACGGCGAGAUUGUGGAAGUACGGAGUAGGGGAUCUGAUGGAACGGCAAAGACGAAAUACAUCGAGUGGAGCGUGGAUCCGAGUUUGCCCAUGACUAUCUUCAUGGAGGAGAAGGAUCUCAGCAAGCUCGUUUCCUGCGUCAUCCUGAACGCCAUCAAGUUCACCGACCAACACGGAGGUCGAGUCGAGAUACACGCACGGCUGAGUUCGAGGGGAAAGUACGUGUCCAUCAAAGUCGCCGACAAUGGACCUGGUAUCCCUGCCGCCUUCUUGCCGAGAUUGUUCAUGCCGUUUUCGAGGGAGAACGAAUCUACAACGCGGUCCAGUGAAGGCUUGGGGCUAGGCUUGAUGGUGGCAAAGGGCAUUGCCCGGAAACUCGGUGGCGACCUCAUGUGCACGCGCGCGGAGACUGAAGGCGAGCACCGCGGCAGCGAAUUCGAAAUUCGAAUCCCCACGAUUGCCGGCGAGACGCUCAGUCGCCCUACGUCCCCCUUCGGCUCCCCCUUACCCCGUCGUCCAUCCCUCGCGCCCAUCAUCGCCACCCCUAAAACCACGUUUCAACCUAGCCCGGAGAGCCCAAAGAGCCCCAACAAGCUCUCGCGAGCCCUCCAAGACGCCGUGGACUCCCAUCCGGCCCCUCCGAAAUCCGAUUCUCACUCCACCCCUCCCAAAAGCCUCCAUCCCCCGACAGUCACCUCCCUCCUACACGGCAUGACGUCCUCCCCACCCUCUCCCCCCCACGACCAGCCCAGCACCACCCAUCUCGAGCCCCAACGCCCUCGCUUCCGUAAAAGCGUCUCGAACCCCGAAAUCGACCGCGACCUCGCCAACAAAUACCCCCUCACCUUCCUCGUGGCCGAAGACAACAAGAUCAACCGCAAACUCCUCGUCUCCAUGCUGCGCAAGUUCGGGUACGACGGUGUGUACGAGGCGCACGACGGCGCCGAGGCGGUGCGCCAGAUGAAGACGCACCGCGACCUCGGCGUCGGGAUUGAUGUCGUGCUCAUGGAUUUGUGGAUGCCGCUUAUGGACGGGUAUGAAGCUACGCAGCGCAUUCUCAGCGAAGUCGAGGGCGAGCUUGGCGCGGGGAAGGGUGCUGGCGCGAAUGGGAAUGGCUUUCGCCGGAAGAGACCUACUGUUCUAGCCGUCACGGCGGAUGUGACGGACGGGGCGCAGGAGCGGGCGGCGCGCGUCGGCAUGAAGGGCUUCAUGACCAAGCCGUACAAGAUUAAUGAUUUGCAGCGCUUGAUUACGGAGUACUGCGCGCAGAGGGAGGGGCCUUGA